AUGACCUAUGUGAACGAGGUAGAAGCCAACCCGCUUGACAAGGAGGCGAGAAUAGCCGCAAACAUCAAGGAAGGCGAAUUCUUCUAUCAUUGGAUGCUCUCAACAGGCAUAGUCCACGCCGACAACCCCGUCUGGGUCAACCCGGAUUUCGUGGAAGGUUGGCAGAUGGAGAUAACAGGCAUCGAUGUCGGCACAACAGCCGUCAAAGCCAUGCUUCUUGACGCCGAUGGCGCUGUGCUCGCGGAAGCCGAGGUCGAGCAACCCAUCGAUGUGCCACGCCCCGGCUGGACCGAGCAGCACCCCGAUAUGUGGUGGCGCAACACCGUUCUUGCAGUUCGCAAAGCCCUGCAACUCGCAGACCAAGGUGGCAACCGCAUCGAACUCGCCGCCAUCGGGCUUAGCGGUCAGAUGCACAGCUCCGUGUUCCUCGACUCCGAUGGCGAAGUCAUCAGGCCUGCCUUGCUAUGGAAUGACGCCCGCACCACUCCACAGCGCCAUCACAUCAUCGAUGCCUUGGGACUGCCGGGGCUUCACGGCACGGUCGGCAAUUUGCCGCUAGAAGGCUUUACCGCGCCCAAGCUCCUCUGGCUGAAGCAGAACGAACCCGACAACUACGCCCGCCUGCGCACAUUGCUACUCCCCAAGGAUUACAUUCGCUAUCGCCUGAGCGGAGACUACGCCACCGAGCCAUCGGACGCCGCCGGCACUUUGCUCUUCGACAUCAGGCAUCGCCGCUGGUCGCAGACGAUGUUACAGGCAUUAGAAGUGGAUGCAGGUAUCCUGCCCCGCGUCGUGGAGUCAACAGAGAUUUCAGGCGUGGUUACGACCGCCGCCGCUUCCGAACUCGGAAUCCACGGGGGCAUCCCUAUCGUUGGCGGCGGCGCGGACUAA